UUAUAUAUCCGUGCAUCAAACGUUUCCAAAGACAAUUAUUUGCAUAAGAUAUUCCCACUUGACGCUGAACAGCCAUCAAGGCGUUUUACACAAUAUUUAGAAAGGAGAGAUACGUUGGCAAAUAGUGAAUCUAACACUUUAUCUUCGAAAUACCCUUGUAAAACGUUCAUGAGUAAUCUUUUUGAUCAUAUAUCCAAUUUUUCGGAGAAAUUUGAUCUUCCGAUAAUUAUCUCAGAAACCAAAGACGUUUUUUUAAGUUCAAUGGAGCAUAGUCCGGAUAGCUCACAAGCUACAACACAGGAUCAAAAUAUUGAGAAUGAUUAUGGAACUUCUAUCAGUCGUUCAGACAAACUAAAUCAACAAUUAGAACAAUUUAAAAAUCGUACAACUGAUGAUCACGAAAUCACUGUACAAUCUGCGGAUAUAGAUCUAGAUGGAUUUACAUCAAUGGACCCAUUAAUAGGUUCAUCAUCCAAUGUCGGAAGAAACAAGAACAAAUCAAAAGCCAAAUCAAUUGUCGAAACUAUUCAUAGACAGCCAUCAACAAUUACAAAUCCUGAGUCACUGGAUUCUCCACAAGAUGAUGAAGUGAUUGUUGAAUUGAAUAAAAACAAAAGUCAGUCUAAUAAACGAAAUUCUGGUGCAUCACGACAAGGUGGUUGGUCACAAAAUGAAUUAAAUUACCUGAUUAAAGGUAUGGAAAAAUACGGAACUAGCUGGUCAUCGAUUGAAAAAAAAUAUGGAGGCUCUAAAGGUCCCCUUAAAAAGCGAACUCAGAUGCACAUGAAAGACAAAGCUCGAUCAGAAUUAAAACGAAGAUUAAGGAGUGGAUUGUCACCGGGUAUAUUCGGUAAAGAGCAAAGAAAAUCCACAGGCGAAUGA